CAAAAGACAUGUGAUUUCUGCACUGUGCAGCAGAGAAGAACAAGAAAAACCCUCGACACUUGGAUCAGCAGAAACCACAGGAAAAAUGGGGGAAGAAAACAGCUUUUCUUUCUCCAGCUUUGCAAGCAAGAUAAAGAAUACAGGGAGCAUGAUCGGGGAUGCCACUUCAAGGCUUGGAGUUGGUAACAUGAACACCCUGACCUCCAACAUGAACAGCCUGAAAUCUAACAUGAACAUUGGUAACCUCACUUCCAACAUGAACAACCUCACUUCCAACAUGAACAUUGGUAACCUAACUUCCAACAUGAACAACCUCACCUCCAACAUGAACAUGGGUAACCUCACAUCGAACCUGACGAACAUGCAGCAGAAGGUGCAAGAUAUGGCCUCUCUUGAAAAUCUAGAGGCGAUGAGCAAGGCAGGAUUUGAUGGUCUUCAGGCAGGAGUAGGGGGACUGGAGGCGAUGAGCAAGGUAGGACUGGACGGACUUCAAGCAGGAGUAGGGGGACUCGAAGCAAUGAGCAAAUCUGUUCUGGACACUAUUGAAUCAAAUCGGAAAAGGAUCACGAACGUGGACGAACUGAAAGCGAAGGGAAACUAUCAGCUAGUUGGCACGAUCAAGACUAUUGAGUACCAGUUACUUAUGUUUGUGUUAUACUUUGUCCUCGCAAUCUUUAUCAAAUGGUAUUUGAUAGAAGGAGUAGAAAAGUCUAUAAACUUGAUUAAGGACUCCCAAAAGUUUCUCGACGAUCCAGAAUUCGAGAAGAAUCUCAGAAAGUACAGUGAUCAGAUUACUGAUCUGAAUCAGUUAAAACAAGGGAUGGAUGGGUUGACUAGUGGAAUAGCACAGUCGAUACAAGACGGAGCGAAGAUAGUGCAGGAUGGUGCUACCAACCUACGAGAUAGCGCUGCACAAAGAAUACAAGACGGAGCUAAGAUAGUUACAGACAGUGCCAGUAUGAUAAAAAAUAACAUAGAUCUCGACAAGUUGAACUUGCUCAAAGGCGAGGAAAAGAGAGUAAAACCAAAUGAGGGGAAGGACGAGAUAUAGCCAAAGAGAAAAUAAAUUACAUUCAGACUUGUUGAACUUGAAACAUAAUCAUGGCGUAUAACUGUGAAGUUGAGCUUUACUUCACAAAGACACGGAAUCAUUAUUACUGACUGAAAUUUAUAAAGUUGUGAAGAUAGAUAAGAAGUUAAUUUCGACCAAUUUCAUUUUA